GACUACGGUUGUCCUGACCGUCGGUGUGUGUCCGUCAGUCGCAUCGUACCACACUCCCUCUGUUCAUGGUUGGUAUCCUGCGGUCCCUGGGAUUUGCGACCAUCAAAACCCUCGAAACGAACCCGUCCAGCACGUUCAUGGCAGCUUCAGUUUUCUCCUUUGGUCUCCACAUAACUCUUUAAAAAUUCCGCCCAAAAGAAAAAAGCGUUCUGUCCCCUUUUGCGGGUUUACUGCAGAUGUGUACAACAACUAUCCCGAGGACCUAGGGGUAGCACUUUACAGAGAACUGUUUGACUUCAACGCCGAGCCACCUUGGGAUCCUAGCUGAUAGUGGACGAGUUCCCUGGACUCAUCCAUGUGAGUCAGCUAAUGUUACAGAACGGUUUUGACGCAUUGGCCUAGGGCCCAGGGGCUCGACAAGGAGUAAGCUUGACCACUUUAUACCAAUCAUAUUCUUUAUGCCUGUCGCAUUUGAAGAAAACUGCUGAGAGGAUGAAAGGAAUUUCUGAAGAGCCACAAUACUCUAUUGGUCUCUUGGAGGGAGGCACAGCCCUCUGUGAUGUGAUCGACAAUCAUAUUCAUGAGCAAUCUCUGUCCAAGAAGACUGCUUUCUUUGUAGCUGACCUGGGAGUUUUGGUUAGACAGCAUGUCCUCUGGCAAACUCACAUGACGCAGAUUCGUCCUUUUUAUCCUGUCAGAUGCAACAGUAGUCCAGCCAUCAUUGAGGUCCUAGCUGCUCUCGGUACUGGCUUUCUGUGUGCUAAUAAGUCUGAACUGGAGCUGGUGCAGAGUCGAGGCAUUCCCCCUGAAGAUAUAAUCUACAGUGGUGCUUGCAAACAGGUUUCCCAGAUAAAGUAUGCUGCUAAGAAUGGCAUCGACCUUCUUAUAUGUGACAAUGAAGCCGAACUACGAAAAAUAGCUCGUUCCCACCCUAAUGCAAAAUUGUUACUUCAAGUAUCAUCAGAAACCUCUUAUCAGGAUGAAAUGAGCAUGGCUUUUGGCUGUUCUCUUAAAGACUGUAGGCAUUUGCUGGAAAGUGCCAAAGAGCUAGGUGUGCAAGUGGUUGGUGUAAGAUGUCACAUUUCCAGCACCUAUGACGAUGAUGUGUACAUUCAUGCCAUUUCAGAUGCCCGUUGUGUGUUUGAUAUGGGAGAGGAUAUUGGAUUUAAUAUGAAGAUCUUGGAUAUUGGGGGUGUCUGCAGCUCAAUUCAGCUUGAUAAAAUAAAAAAUGCUGUCAUGGCUAUGGUGGAACUCUACUUCCCUCCUUCUUCUGGAGUUUCUCUCAUUGCUGAACCUGGCAGCUAUUUUGUGUCCUCUGCUUUCACCCUGGCCGUCAAUAUAAUCUCAAGGGAGUUGGUGGCUCGGGAUCAGCAAGACCAUGAUGACCCUUCUCCAAAUGACGAGCCAGCUUUCAAGUAUUAUUUGAGUGAGGGAGUCUAUGGACCAUUUGCUGGCAAACUUGCAGAAACGCUGAUCACUGCACCAUCUGUUCACAAGAUUACAACCCUAGAUGCCCCGGUGUUUUGCAGCACCCUCUGGGGUCCCUCGGGGGAUGACAUGGACCAGAUAGUGGAGCACUGCCUCUUGCCAGAGCUUAAUGUCGGAGACUGGCUCUUAUUCACCAACGCUGGUGCAUACAGCUUGGGUCAGCCAGUUUGCACUGAACCGCAUGACUCCCUGACCCCUCCUGUAUUUUAUGUCAUCUGCUCAAGAGAGUGGUUUGAGAUGCAGGGCAAUGGUGUCACCCAGGAGACUACUUUGAAGAACUUAAUUCCUUACUUCUUGAAUUCCUGCCAAACAGCCGCUGCGUUCUCUGUUCCAGCUUAGCAGUCGCCCUACUUUGGCUGUUGUUAGUCUGCUUUCUCUGGUCCACAUUCCACUUUUUGGUGAAAAAACUAUAGUGCAGGUAGAGCUUGCUGUGAUCAUAACAAUAAAUGUACACUCAUUUAUGUGUUUUGUGCUUGUUUGGAUAUUAAGCAAGAAGCUUGUAACAAAAUUUGAACUUACAUUAUAAGCAGCUGUUUGCAGUCUUCGUCCAUCUACAUGAAGCUCUGUAUAUUACACAAUGUUCUAUAUUGUUUUUUUGAGUGUCGAGCUACAAUGUGAACCUAAAUAACUCCAUACAACUUAUGUCCGCAGUAUUCUGAUAUUAAGCUUACAUAGUGCUUUGACAAUGUUGACAGUUACACAACUGGACUGAAUACAAUUUACGUGCAGACUUCUAACUUUUUAAAAAAUAUGCAGUUUAUUAAAAUAGGUGUUGGAGAAUUUUGAAGCUUUUUUUUUUUUUUUUGGAGAAAGUUAUUUCAAUUGUAGCAUACAAUCUGAAAAAGGUAAGUUGUCCGAUAUGAUUUGCCCUAUACAUUUGUGUGCAUUCUACAUUUAGUGCAGUAAUGGAAAUUAUUGUGAUCAUCAAUGAAUAGACUUGUUAAUUCUGAUAAGUAACCCUGUCUGCUUGGGUGUGAAUUACAAAGCAGUAUUAAGGGUUCAUUAUUGAACUUGUGGUUCAGUGUUUUAUUCCCCCAUGUUUUCUUUGCUAGCACCCAUUAUCAACAAAUGAAGGGUAGCUGUUAUGCCUAUACAAGCUAAGCUAUAUUCAGUAUGUGAUUUAGACAGACAAAUGUUUGAUGCAUCAUGAACCAGACAUUAACCUCAAGCACCCUUUUGCUGUUUGUUAUUUAUAUUUGUUAAAUAUUGUGUACAUAUAAACAAUAUUUGUGUCUAUUUAAUGAUUAGGGCAUUGGCUGUUAUUGAAGCUGUUGCUUGUAAUAAAUAAUAAUAAACAAUUGACAAAACUGGCA